AGUACAUAUACAGUAAAUGUGACAGGAGGGUUCAGUCAGAGAGACAGCACAGUACAUAUACAGUAAAUGUGACAGGAGGGUUCAGUCAGAGAGACAGCACAGUAUAUACAGUAAAAGUGACAGGAGGGUUCAGUCAGAGACACAGGGCAGAGCACACAGCAGACUGACUCUUCCUGCUGCUCCAGCCUCUGUGCACACAAAACCAAGGGAAGGUCAAGAGUUGAGUGUAUGCCCCGCGCCUCCUUCCCCUGCCAACCCCGCUCCUCCUGUACUGGAGCUUAAACUCUAGUCCUGGUUUUGCACCUGGUCCCCAGGGCCGCCUCACGGCCUCUCGCUUGUGUUUACUGAGCUCUUGUCCUGAUAUCACUCCGCUGGCAUGAAGGAGGAGGAAGCGGUGAGAGGAGGAGGAGAGCACUUGAUCAUUGUGAUGGUGGCAGGAGGAGCAAUAACAGCACAGGCAGCGGCAGCAGCAUUAGGCAGCCGUGCUCUAUCAGCUCCGGCUUCAGCUGCACUGCUCGAUUUUCUGGCUAUUGAGCUGUGUGUUCUCCCCCUCAGGAUUUAUCACUUAUGUAGAAAGAUACAUUCAUUUUAUUGGUUCAAUCUCUGGUUUAUUUAUUUUUUUGCUUCUUUUAAUUUUUUUUUGCAUUGCGUUUAACAUGCUGGAGAUCCACAAAAAAGUACUUUGGACGCUUUGCCGCACACACAAGUAAACUUUUGUGCUGCGCUCUGCGGAAGGGGAGUCCAGCAGAGUUGGUGCUGAGAGGAGGCGUGUGUGCAUGUGUGUGUGUUGUGUACAUACCCGGCUGUGCGUGCAAGUGACAGUCAUGUGUGGUCACCCGUUGGCUGGACCUUCUGCUCCUGACUGGGAAUACACUGGAUUCUAGACGGAAGACGAGCGCUGACCUGCUGGGCUUUCUCCACAACUCCUGCCUUGGUUUCCCUACUUUUUUUUGUAGUGUGUGUGAUCCUAUGAGAGCUGCUGCCCGCUCCUCUCCUCCCCGGGGGCUGUGCACUGACCUGCUGGUCUCCAUGCUGGCUGUGCACCCCGACCUCGCUCCUCCUGAUCCCUUAUAACAGCCCACCUGGAGAAAGCCCCCCACACACCCAAGUCUAGGGGACACUGCAAACUUCUCUUCCAAAAUAGUGUGCACGGGGACUGGCAUGGGGGAUUUCGCAGCCCCCGCUGCCUCCACCAACGGCAGCAGUCUGUGCAUCAGCAAUGCCCUGGGCAGCAGCAUCGGUGGCGCUGGCAUUGGGGUUGGUAGUCACAGUGGUAAUAAUACCCCUCCCAGCGCUGCUGCCCCCAAUGCUCCGAACAAUAGCAGCAGCGCCAGCAUUCCUAAGCACAGCACCGUGGUGGAGAGGCUCCGGCAGAGGAUAGAGGGCUGCAGGAGGCACCAUGUCAGCUGCGAGAGCAGGUACCAGCAAGCCCAGGCUGAGCAACUGGAAAUGGAGAGAAGGGACACGGUGAAUCUGUACCAGAGGACACUGGAGCAAAGAGCCAAGAAGUCAGGCACCAGCCAGGGGGCAGCUCCUGCCACAGGUUCUACAGCUGCUGGUGGUGGUGGAACUGGUGCCAACAAGCAGCAACCCCAUCAUCAUCACCACCACCACCAUCAUCAUCCGCAGCAGGGCAAGCAGGAUGCAGAGACAGCAGCGGUCACAGGCGAACACAGGAACCACACUCUGAUCAUGCUUCAAGAAGCUGUGCAGAAGAAGUUAGAAGGUGCUCGUUCACCACUUAAUGGAGAGCAGCAGAAUGGCAUCUGUGAUGGGAGGUUUUCACCCUCUGCUAAACGGAGAAGGAAAGAGAUGCCAGGUAUGGACACUCUUAAUAAUUUGUCCAAUAUGCCACUGCCUUCUGUGUCACCUCUUCACCAGCUUGACAUAAAGCCACAUCUACCUGUUACAAAUAAUGUAACACAUUCAGGAGGAUUAGAAGACAUAAAUAAGAAUGGUGGCCAGCAGGAUGUAAAGCUAGCAGUAAAUGGAUCUAAUGCUACUGAACUGGAGGAGAGCUUUAAUAUCCUCAAUAAGGAAAUGAAACAAGAACCACUAGAUGAUGCUUCAGUCAUUGAUACAUCUGAUACUUCUCUUUCCAACCAAAAUAAGCUUUUCUCUGACAUAAAUCUGAAUGAUCAAGAAUGGCAGGAGUUGAUCGAUGAGCUUGCAAAUACUGUUCCUGAGGAUGAUAUCCAGGACUUAUUCAAUGAGGACUUUGAGGAGAAGAAGGAGCUGGAUUUUUCCAGACCUGCAACUCAAACACCCCUUCCUCAAGAAAGUGCCAGUGUAAAGAGUGAUCCAUCCCACUCUCCAUUCCCUCACGUCUCUAUGGGCUCUCCUCAAGUUCGUCCAUCCUCAUCUGGUCCUUCUUUUUCUAAUGUAUCAUCUGUUUCCAGCAUACCCUCAGUCUCCAGUGCUCCAUCUACAUUAAUGCUUGCUGGAUCACCUGCAAGUUGCGUUGUCCAGUCCCCACAGACUCCUAAUCCACCUCACACACCUGGUCAAACCUCAACAAGACCUGGUAAUGGAUAUGUCAUGACUCCAACUUCUAGCUCUGGAAGUGGCUCUGUUAACCUCCCAAGUGCUGACUUGUCUCCAGCUGAGCAGCUCAAACAAAUGGCAGCUCAACAACAACAAAGAGCAAAACUCGUACAACAAAAACAGCAACACCAACAGCAGCCACAGCCGCAGCCGCAGCCACAUACAAACCAGCCUUCCAGUUGGUCACCCGUGGGACCUCCAUCUAGUCCAUAUGGAGGAGCCUUUGGUAAUGAAAAGCCAAAUAGUCCAAUGAUGUAUCCCCAAGCUUUCAACAACCAAAAUGCUAUUGUACCUCCAAUGGCAAAUAAUCCCCCGAAAACCACAAUGAACAACUACCUCCCUCAAAGCCACAUGAACAUGAUAAACCAGCAGACCAGCAACUUAAAUUCAAACUCAAUCAACAAAACUACCAAUAUGCUCAAUUAUGGUAAUACUAAACCACUGUCACACUAUAGUAUAGAUAUGAGUCAAAGAAUGACUCCUCCAAUUGCCAACCAAAACAAAAAUGUCAUGUUACCAUACAUGCAACAGCAGCAGCAGCCACCGAUGCCACCUCAGAUGAGCCAUUUGAGUGAGGAGCAGAAGCGGCUACUUAUAAUGAAGCAGAAAGGACUUAUGAAUCAACAAAUGGCUUAUGGAUCUCUCCCGGGUCACAGCCAGGAGCAGAAUACGGUUGGGAUGUCAAGACCUGCUGGACCCAUUCAACAGUCUGUGCCAGGAGCAAGUGGGAACCCAGGGGCCCCGGGCUUCAUGCCUAGCCAGCCUCAAGCCGCAAUGAUGAAACAGAUGCUUAUAGAGCAACGGGCUCAGCUACAUGCUAUGGAGCAGCAGAAGCAGCAGUUUCUCAGGGAGCAGAGACAGCAACAACAGCAGAUACUAGCUGAACAGUUACAACAGCCGCACAUGAACCGGCAGCAUCUCCAGCAACAGAGGAACCCUUAUGGAGUCCAGCAAGUCAAUCCUUUCCAAGGUUCUCCACAGGAUAUUGCAGUUGCUAGAAACCAAGCAGCUCUUCAGAAUAUGCGAGCAUCCCGAAUGAUGGCACAGAAUACCGGUAUGCUCUCAAUGGGUCCAUCACAAAAUCCAGGCACAAUGCCUACAGGACCACUGCAGCCAGAAAUGGGAAUGGCUCCAUAUAGCAACGCAUCAUCAAGUCAGCCAGGCAUGUACAGCAUGAACACAGGAAUAAACCAAAUGAUGCAGCACCCAAACCAAAACAGCAUAAACAUGGCCCAUAGUGCUGUGCAAGGUCCGCGGCAACCCAGUUCUGGACAAGCAAUGGGAAUGGUUGGAGGAUUUGGCCAGAAUAUGCUCGUAAACUCUAUGAUGCCUCAACAACAUCAGCAAAUGAAAGGGCCUGUAGGUCAACCUAUGACCAGAGCUCAGGCCCCAAGACUGCAAAACAUGAUGGCAUCCAUACCCCAGGGUGCACAAAACUGGCCCCAACGGGGAUUGCAAGGAAUGAGAACUAGUGGUGAAAUGGGGGCUUAUAACAAUGGAUCAGGUUAUCCGAUGCAAUCUGGGCAGUCAAGAAUGAGCAAACAGCAUUUUCAGCAAGGACUUGGUCAAAGUGUUGUUGAUAGUACGGGAGCAGUAAGAGCCCUAAACCCAGCAAUGAGCAGACAAAUGAUGCAGUCAUUACCUGGGCAGCAGGGCACCAAUCAAUCCCGACAAAUAAUGCCUAGUAUGAACCCUGGUGUACCGGGUAUGGCCAGUUUUAGUCAAGCUCAAACACAGCAAUUACCUGGUGGAAACUUUCCUCAGAGCAACCAGAGCCAGGGUUAUGACAGGAAUCCUGGUCAGGACAUGUCAUACAGUUAUACCGAUGCAAGCGCUGGUCCCUUUUCAGGUCUAGCAGAUGGUACAGACUUAGUAGACUCCAUUAUGGGCAGGGGACCUGGAGACGAAUGGAUGCAAGAACUUGACGAAUUGUUUGGAAAUCAGUCUUAACAUUAAAAUAAAAUAAAAAAGAUGCUGGGCUAAUUGGAAAAUGACAGUAUACCUGUCCGUCUGUUCUGUACAGAUGAGCUCAACUGCAGGCAGUUACAAGAAAUGUCAGGUAGUGAAGCAUCCCCGUUGAGGUGGCGGCAGCACUGCAUGUUUUAAAAUGAGGGUUCGGUGGAGAAAGAUUUUCCAUGGUCUAUAGCCUCAGACGGUAGAUGUUGACUAGAGGUGAAAGAGCUAGUCAGCUCCAUGGAGAAAGAUCAUUAUUGGUCGUCAUGGGCUAGACAAGGGCAAAAGCGGCGAAGGGUUUGCACAGUAAUACAAGAAGAUGAAAUAUGUUUAUAUCAAGGAAGAAGAGAUGCUUCAAGAUGGAGUUAAAUAAUUUAUUUGCUAUUGCUGAUACUUUUGGCUAACAGGCUUAGCCGUCAAGCAUAAUGUUAAAAAAUGAAUGGGGAGGAAGCUGUUACACGUGUCACAGCGGUACUUCUGGAAACAAGACAAGGUAGAAUAAAAUAUGGCAUACCCUUAAAGUGAUGAGUGGAAUCAUUAUGAAUAAAGCCUAAGUAAAUUAUAGAGGUAGAUAGAAUGCAUAGAUUGCACAAGUUGUUAAUCAGAUUGUCACUGCUAUAUAUCAAAUGGAUGCUAUAUGUGUGGUAUUUAAACAGGAAAACUAACAGCUAGAUGAUAUUUUGGAUACAAAUAAGGAACCGCCAUACCUUUAUCGGUCACAGAUAAGUAUUAACGUACACGUAGACGGAUACUGUCCUGUACACGGGGCUGAGCAGCACAGCAGUUUCCUGUAUUUCCAGCAACUAGAAAUUCUCUUUUUAUAAAUGUAUUCUUGUCAUUGUUGCUUCUCACAUUUUUGGAGCUUCUACUACAGUAUAAAUAAAAUGGAGGAAAAAAACACAAAAACUGGUCAUUUCAGUAGAAUGUAGAUGUCCACUUGAGAAUCACUGUAUACAGCCAUACAUAUACAUUCGUCUUUGUGGUAACUGAGAGUGCAUGUCCACUGCUGCUACACCAGAUAAGACCCAUCUGUGCCAAAACAGCAAUCAUAGUCAAUUCAAUGACUUUGGUGUAAUAUUUACCCAGAAAAAGUGACUGGAUUUUUUGUUUCAUUUACGCUAUAUUUUUUUUAUUUUUUCUCAGAUAUUGUUUAUUAAAAGAUUUUUUUUUAACAUGUACAAAACAAUUGCACGUCAGGUCAUAAGAUACAAGUCAUUUGGACUCAAAAAGACAUCAUAUAGACAAACCAAUCAUAGUUAGUUCAAAAAUUAUCCGUGAGUGCAAUCCCACAACAAAUUCCCUCCCCCCUGAGACAGAUAACAUAUCAUUAUUUGGCUAAUAUAAACCAUACAUAGGGAGCAGCGGUUUAGAAUAACACACAUUUCUUGUCAAUUAAAGAGAAAAUAGGGGCGAUGGCGUGCCCCAGGGACAGCGACAGCAUUCCAUUAACAUCUCCCACUCACCCAACAUUCUGAAAAAUGUCAUCCCAUAAUGCUUACCAGGCGUCUAUUAAGAGCCAGCCAUGGGCUACAUACUCCGGAUCUAUCCAUCCAAAGACCCCAAAUGCUCUAAAAUUUCGAAAGGCAAUUUCAUUUGAGAUAUACCCCCCUUUCCAGAAUCACUACAUUCAGCCUAGCAGUAAACUCUGCUACAACUGGAGGAAGCGGCUGUAUCCACUUCGCUGCCAGGGUUUUACGUGCCUGGUAUAGCAUUCUUUUAAUACCUGUAAUAACAGGCGUCUGUAAGUUGUCCGCAUCAAAAAUACCAAGCAGACACAUUUUGGGAUCAGGGGAGAAGUUUGCGCUAUAUAUUUUAUUUAUUAGUUGUAGAAUGUCAUGCCAGUAUACUUUCAGGUUACCACAGCUCUACAACAUGUGAAAUAAGUCAGCCCCUGCCUCCCCGCAUUUCGGACAGCAGGAGUCACUUCUAUACCCGGUUUUAAAGAUAAAUAUUGGUGUUUUAUAUACUCUAUGUAACAUGAACAGCUGCGAUAGCCUAGCUGCUUCACUGAGGGAUAGGUUUGGGGUUAUUGCAAGCGUUUCCUCCCACUGGGUAUCAGUGAUUGUUCCCACAUCUUUUUCCCAUUUCGUUUUUAUCCGAAUCGGGAAUUUCUUCAAGAAUUCCCCAUGCAAUGAAAGAUAGACUUUUGAAAGAGCCUGUUGCCACCACAGCAUCAAGCGUCUGAUUAGUUAAGUAUUGUAGUGAUGAAAGUUUGGAUUGCGCAUCUAAUGCAUGCCUCGGCUGCAAGUAUUUAUAGAAAUGCAUGGAGGGGAGGCCAAACUCAGAGCACAGUCCCUGGGAGUAUACCUGGCCAAUGUUCCAAAUUCCUUUACUUUCCGAUUGGGAGAACCCCGUCAAUUGGGAUAGUUCAGGUAAGACAGGAUUAUUCCAGAUGGGGGAUAUAUUCAACAGUCCUGAAACACCCAAGAUCUCUCUAGCCUUAGUCCACACCCCCCUCAUAAGCCCCAAAAUCAGAGCGGAUUUCAAUCUAGGGUCCACAUCCCCCUCCAGGACUGCUAAUGGCAAAUAACAACCAUGCAACAAGCCUACCUCCUCUCCCCACUCCCCCCGCCACAUUCCAUUCCUUAAAGUGUUGCAGCUGAGCUGAGAGGAAGUAUAGUAAGGGUUUGGGCAUCGCCAGGCCGCCCGCAUCCUUGGCCCUUUGUAGAGUUUUAUAUUUAAUUCUACUCCUAUCCUUCCACAGCAGGAACCAAAAUAUUUGUUGGAUUUUGUAAAAAUAAUGCAUAGGGAUCCAUACUAGAGAGUUAUGGAGCAUAUAUAAAAGUUGUGGCAUUAGCACCAUUUUAAUCAGAUUGCCCCUACCCACUAGGGAUAUGGGCAGUUUAUGCCAAGAGGCAGCCAUAGAUUUGAACUUAGUAGUGGCAUUAUAUUGUCGGGUAUGUAUCUAUGGGGAUUGAUGGAGAUGUCGACGCCCAGAUAUUUAAAUGAGGAUACUACCCUAAGUUUAGUAUGAUCAAGACAGAAAUUUUGCAGGACUGAAGACAAUGGGUGUAUCACAGACUUAUUCCAGUUAAUAAGUAGUCCAGACUGCCUGCCAAAUUCGGAGAUGAGGGAUAUAAUAGGGUCUAUGGAUGAGACCAAAUCAACAUACAGCAGCAUAUCGUCUGCAUAUAACGACACACACUCCUCCAAGUCCCCUCUUCUGAGGCCCUGGAAUAUCGGUGUGGUUCUAAGGAGGCAAGCCAACGGUUCCACCGCUAUAGCAAACAAGAGAGGCGACAAUGGGCAGCCCUGCCUCGUCCCCCUCUCCAGUGCCAGCGCCGGAGAAAUCCCUACAAUUACUCUAAUCCUAGCUCUAGGUUUGUUAUAGGGCAGUUGCACCCGACGCUAUUGAAAGCUUUGGCCGCAUCGAGUAAGAUCACAGCCCGACAGUUCUCCCCUUCCACCUUAUCCAACUGGAGGUUCAGGAAUAGGCGUCUAAGAUUUAGAGAUGUGGAUUUUUCAGAUUGGUCUUCAUUAAUAACAUUUAAUAAUCUAUUAGCUAGAACCUUGGCCAGUAUUUUAACGUCCGCCGUUAACAGGGAGAUAGGACAAUAAGAGUCUACCUGUGUAGGAUCCUUGUCUGGUUUUGGAAGCACUACGACAAUCGCCUCCCUCAUCGAACUAGGUAAAAAACCUGCCCGAUAUGAGUCCUUAAAAACAUUGAGUAGGUGUGGGAGUAGAAAAUCCUGGUGCUUCUUAUAAAAUUCCCCUGGCAAGCCAUCCCCCCCAGGUGCCUUCUCAUUAAGAAAUGAACUCAAGUUCCUCCAGCCGGAUAUCCCCAUCUAGCAUCUCCCGAUGUUUCGUAGAUAGAUUGGGCAAGGAAAUGCCCAUCAGGUAAUUCUCUCUAUCCGUCGGGCUGACUGUAAGCCUAGACCGAUAGACGUCCAUGAAAUGAGCAUGAAAAUACUCCCAGAAUAUCUUAAUCUUCGGAAAUUAAAUCACCAUGUACAUCCCUAAUAGAGGGUAUACAGGAGGGGCCAGACUGUGGUUUAAUAACAGUGGCUAAAUGACUGGCACUCUCACCCUCUAUAAAAUACCUCUGGGUCCUAAAGAACCGUUUAUCUCUGACUUUUUCUAUUAAAUGUUCCUUUAACAGCCCCUGUGCCCCUUUCCAAUUAGUGGCAUUUUCCUGUGUUGGAUUUGCUAUAUAUUUGGAUUCAGUGGUCAAUACUCUAUUGGAUAGCUCUACAGAUAGAGCCCUACUUUUGGUCUUGUGGGCACUAAUGCUCUUGAUAUAGACACCUCUUACUACCUUCAUUGUAUCCCAUACUAUUUGGGUAGUGGAAGUUCCUAUAUUAGAACUGAAAAAUUCUACCAGUGCAUUAGAAAUGGUACUGCCAGUGUCCACAAGCUGAAGCCAGAAUGGGUUUAGACGCCAAAUAGGUCUUGAAUUUUGCCCUUAAUUUCCUAAUGUCAACCGCACCAGAAUAGGAGAAUGGUCAGAUACACUCCGGGGGAGAUAAGAGACCUCUUGGGUCAGUUCCAAUAAAGACAGGGAUCCCAGCGCUAGAUGAAUUCUGGACAAGGAAUUAUGUGAGGAAGAGUAGCAAGAAUAUUGCCUUUCUUCCCGAUGUUUAGCCCUCCAGAGAUCACACAUAUCUACUUCUAAUAUCAAUCUAGCCAGCGAUGAGGGUGAGGAGCCCAUUGCACAAGCAUCUGGAAUGAACUUAUUCAGAGACUUGUCCAUGUGCAUAUUAAAAUCUCCCAUCAUUAGUACGGGGACACCAGGAAAUUGGGCUGUGAACACUAGUAUUUUUUUCAGAACCUCACUGUAGUACGGCAGGGGAAUGUAUACUGCUACCAGGAUCAACCUAAAAAGAAAAAUAGAGCAGUCCACACAUAUAAAUCUUCCCUUAUUGUCCAUGCAUGUGUCUCUAGCGACAAACGGGAUAGAACUGUGCAUUAAAAUACUAAUGUGCCAUCCAUGAGUUUUGUCAGAUGGUAGAUGCGUUGGCAUGUUUACAGAGCAUUGAGAAUCGCAUGGCGUUUAGAAGUCUGGCCCAUUCCCCUUAAAUUCCAGGCAAUAAUUCUAAGGGUACCCAUCAUCAAACCAAUUCCAGAAAAAACAGUUGCCUGCUGCCGCUCACCCCCGGGGGGCCACCACAUGGUCCAAUAUGAGGCAUAUACUCUGUCUCAAGUUUCCCCCAAACCCGUCCCUCCCCCCCC